CAAACUGAUUGCAUUAUGUUAUUUCAUAUUGCCUUUGCUGUCAAAACCUACUCACUCCCCUUCUCUCCUCUCACACCAGAUGAUUUCAAGUGUCCAGUCAAAGAGGAGGUGACAAUCACCAGUGGGGAGUGGGAGGUGCUGGCCAAUCACGGAGCGAAGCGUUCGUCCAGUCCUCAGAUUUGGGUGGACGAGGCAGCGAGGCAGGUUUACUUCCAGGGAACCAAAGACUCUCCUCUGGAGCAUCACCUCUAUGUUGUCAGCUACGACUCGCCGGGGGAAAUCGUCCGCCUUACCAAACCUGGCUUCUCCCACAGCUGCUCAGUGAGCCAGACUUUUGACCUGUUCGUCAGCCAUUACAGCAGCUUGACCACAGCGCCCUGCGUUCACAUCUACAAGCUACAGGGCUCCGAGGACGACCCGCUGCACAAAGAGCCGCAGUUCUGGGCGAGCAUGAUGGAGUCCUCUGGUUUCCCAAUGGACUACACUCCUCCAGAGAUCUUUAGCUUCACAGGGAAGUCUGGAUUCGAGCUGUACGGCAUGUUGUACAAACCAAGCACGGUUGUCCCCGGCAGGAAGCAUCCCACUGUGGUGUUCGUGUACGGCGGACCGCAGGUCCAGCUAGUGAAUAACUCGUACAAAGGAGUGAAGUACCUGCGGCUGAGCACGCUGGCGUCUCUUGGCUACGCCGUGCUGGUGAUCGAUGGACGAGGCUCCUGUCAGAGAGGACUCAAGUUUGAAGGAGCUGUGAAAGACAAAAUGGGUCAGGUGGAGAUUGAAGACCAGGUGGAGGGCUUGCACUACGUGGCUGAGAAGUACGCGUUUGUGGACCUGAGUCGUGUUGCCAUCCACGGCUGGUCGUACGGAGGCUUCCUCUCCCUCAUGGGCCUCAUCCACAAACCGGACAUUUUCAAGGUUGCCAUCGCAGGAGCUCCGGUGACACUGUGGAUGGCGUACGACACCGGAUACACCGAGCGGUAUCUGGACACGCCUGAGAAAAACCCCAAGGGUUACGAGGCUUGUUCCGUCGCCCUGCACGUCGACAAGCUCCCCAAUGAGCCCAACAGAUUGCUGAUCCUGCACGGGUUUCUAGAUGAGAACGUGCACUUUUUCCACACCAACUUCUUGGUGUCUCAACUCAUCCGCGCAGGAAAACCAUACAGCCUGCAGAUUUAUCCCAACGAGCGACACAGCAUCCGGUGUCCUGAGUCUGGAGAACAUUACGAGAUUACGCUGCUGCACUUCCUCCAGCAGAACCUCUGAUAAGCCUUCCCAAACACUGACCUUUCCUCCCUCGCUUCCUAACCUCCUCUCCUUGUCUCUUCUUUCCAUUUCCUUCAUUUAUUUAAACCUGCAUCUCCUUUCACUUGGUUUUAUGAUUUGCUGAAUGCAAGCUAUGCCUCGUUGCAGUUCAAUAGUUGUUUGGCAGUUUUAAAGGUGCUUUAGUUUUUUAGCAUCAAUGAAUGAAUACGAGAUUUGAAUAUUGUUACCAUAAAGGAGACUAUCUCUGAGAGAAAGUGGUCUUGUAGUCUUAACACUGUAUUUACAGUGAGGGGAAAUCUGCUGGGAUGCUUACAGGCCCCGUAACAAGCAGAGGGCGCCGUUCACCCUAAACACAGGGCUGGAACUUUCUGAGAUUGAUGUGAUGGCAGACGGUGACAGAAAAACCAUCACAGUGGGACAGUUGUGUUCAAAAUGCUGCUCGGUGCUCCAUUACUAGAACUUUAUCAGCAAUGCAAAAAGUACAGAAGUGGCUGCUGGGCUCAGUAUUCUCUUUUUUCGUGCCAUUCCUUUUUUUUAUUGAACUUUUUUGGAACCCAUUUGAUAUAGUUAUAAUUUUCUGUGUCUGAGAAUAAACACUGGAGUAAAUUAGUCAUUGUAAAGCUCUAAAAGAGCAAUCAAGCAAGCUCUUAAAUCCCCUAGUGUGCUCUGUGCCCUCAUGUGCCAUCAAAUACUUUUGAUGUGCUAUGCCACACUUUUCCACAUAAAAAAAUGAAUAAUCACAGGCCACGAUUUUAUUGUGUUGUAAAACGAAAUAUUUUAUGCAAUCAUAAACAAUUGAAAUAUGUAGCGACAUGUUGCUGUUUCACUCGCUUGCUUUAUUUUCCGGGGAGCUUCUCUUUCUUCUUCUUCUGCUGCUGAGGACUUUUGCACAUAUUACGUAUAUUUGCCUUGGUGCCAACAAACUGACCUAUAAGAUGAUGUAUGACACAGCUGUUGGCAGUCUGAGGUGCCUUGCUCGUAAAGUAUAUAUCAGGGAAUCUGUCUGAGGACCUACGAGAAUAAAAUGCCUUUUUACGUGUGUGUCUGAUGACCAUCUGCAAGAUGAGCUGCCAUGAGCUCAUCAUGGUUAAAUGUUCUCUCAGAAAUGGAAGAAAUAAACAGAAGUGAACAAUC